AUGGGGUUGCAGCGAAAUGGGGAUGUGGGUGGGAAGUGGAACACUUACAGGAGGAUGGAUUCAGAGGAUGAAGAGGAGGAUUCUCAGUUGUCUAAUGGCGAAGAACAACGAAGAAAACAACAGAUGGGUGUUAAAAUUAACAAUGGCGAGACCACCAAAUUUGUGUUUGCUUGCGCCAUAUUUGCCUCUCUUAAUUCUGUGCUCCUUGGCUAUGAUGUGGGUGUAAUGAGUGGAGCUAUUAUAUUCAUUCAAGAGGAUUUAAAUAUAUCAGAGGUACAAGAAGAGGUUCUUGUUGGGAUCUUAAGCAUAAUUUCUCUUUUAGGUAGUUUAGCUGGAGGAAAAACAUCAGAUGCUGUUGGUAGAAAAUGGACAAUAGCCUUUGCUGCCAUUAUUUUUCAGUCAGGUGCUGUUAUAAUGUCUCUUGCACCUUCAUUUGGAAUUCUGAUGAUAGGCAGGCUCUUGGCUGGCAUUGGGAUAGGCUUCGGGGUUAUGAUUGCUCCUGUAUAUAUUGUUGAGAUAUCACCCUCGAAUGAUAGAGGAUCUCUUACAUCCUUUCCUGAGAUCUUUACAAAUCUAGGAAUCCUUCUGGGCUACAUCUCAAACUAUGCUUUCUCCGGACUGCCCGCACAUAUAAACUGGAGAAUCAUGCUUGGUGUUGGUAUUAUUCCUUCAAUAUUUCUGGGAUUUGCUUUAUGUGUGAUUCCCGAAUCUCCAAGGUGGUUGGUGAUGCAGAACAGGAUUGAAGAAGCAAGAAUUGUGCUUUCAAAGAUAAACGAGAACGAAAGAGAAGCGGAGGAAAGACUAGCCGAAAUACAAGUAGCUGCUGGAGACUAUAGUUCCGAGAAGCAUGAAACGAAAGCUGUGUGGCAUGAAAUUCUAAAUCCUUCUCCUCCAGUUAGACGAAUGCUUAUUGCUGGUUGUGGAAUCCAAUGUUUCCAACAGAUUACUGGUAUCGAUGCAACUGUAUAUUAUAGUCCUACAAUCUUCAAAAACGCAGGGAUCAAAGGCAAUACUCAGCUUCUUGCUGCAACAGUUGCUGUAGGCUUCACCAAAACUACAUUUAUCUUGACAGCAAUAUUCCUGAUUGACAAACUGGGUAGAAAGCCCUUGCUUUAUGUAAGCACAAUUGGGAUGACUAUAAGCUUGUUAUGUCUAAGUCUUACUCUAUUUUUUCUGGGAAAUGGGUAUCUUGGAAUUGGAUUAGCAAUCUUAUCAGUUUGUGCAAAUGUAGCAUUUUUUUCUGUAGGAAUUGGUCCUGUUUGUUGGGUUUUGUCAUCUGAAAUCUUUCCUCUGAGACUCCGGGCUCAAGCAUCUGCUCUUGGAGCAGUAGGUAGUAGGGUGAGCAGUGGGGUUGUUGCUAUGUCAUUCCUCUCAGUCUCGCAUGCAAUCACAGUUGGAGGAACCUUCUUUGUCUUCUCCAUGAUUUCAGCUAUUUCCAUUGCUUUUGUCCACUUUUGUGUUCCGGAAACGAAAGGGAAGUCCUUGGAACAAAUAGAACUGGUGUUUCAAGCUCAUGAUCAUGGAGAAUGGCAGAUAACAUUACCUGAGAUUGAACUGAACGAUGUGGAGCAUCUGAUCGAAAACUAAAACAGGUAGAAUUCUUGGUUGCCAGACAACCAUUCUUAGUCAUCAA